AUGACCACGGAGACUGCUGCAGAAGUUGUUCAACAGAUGAGCUUCGCAUCGAAGAACACGUUCGAGCUUGAAAAGCGAUAUUUCAAUACAGGACCUCGUGCCCCUCGUACCUUCCCUACUGCUGCUGGGGUAUGUUCUGAACAGCUACCAUUAAAUUUUAGUUUUGGUGUCACAACAGAAGGGCAAGGCAACAGUAACCAAUCACUUCAGAAAGCUGAAGCCCAAGAGAACGUGGAUUCUGCGGGAGGUAUCGCUGUUGCUUCAGCUCCGGUUGCUGCGGCGCCGGUGCUGCAGAUGCCUGUUAAUGCGCCACCGACCGGUGAAUUUUCGAAUUUAAGCAGUGCAGGUUCUGUAUCUGAUCGCGAGCCUGAGACUCCUGAGAAACUGACUAAGUCGCUAAAAUCGGCUUCGGAGAAGAAGGCUCCGCGCAAGAGGAAGAGAUUGGAAGAUCAAUUAAAACCAGAUCGAAAGAUCACGGAGUGUUUUAGAAGUCUUGGGUCUAGCCCAAAGCGAUUUUCCGGCGCUGUUCAGAGUAUUAACGGAGGGGACAGUUCUAGUAAUGAUAAUUUUAACUCUACUUCGUUUUCCCCUCUGCAGAAUCACCGAUUAACACCAAAUCACUUGUCUUAUAUUUCAAGUGAUUCCAAUCAAAGUCCCCCUCAGCCUGCUCGGGCAAAAGUUGAUGCUGAGUCUCAGACUAAUGAUGUCGUUGUGACUGGGGAAGAGGUGCGUAGCGAAAUUCAUAAGAAAGACCGUCUGAUUGAAGACCUUCAGAGAAGCUUAGAUGACUUGAAACAGCAAGUUAUUAAGAGGGAUCGUAAAGUGGAAGCAUGUAAAGAAACCAUCAAAAGAUUACUAAUACAGCAAAGCAAGAUGGAAAGGAAGCAGGCGAAAUCAAAGUGUAUGGAAAAUUGUCUCCGGAUUGGCCAGUUUAAACCCACCAGGCUUAGGGAAGAGUUCCGUGAAAUGUGGUCUGAUGGAUGGGCUUUUGAAGAAAUAAGUAAAACGCAGCAGAGGAUUGUAAACGAACGGAAUGAGAUAAUUAAUGCCUCUCAAAAUUUAAGGAAGCGGAAACCGCAAGCGAAUCCAGCUAGGGAGGUUAAAAGUGUUAAUGGUUCUAGGAGCGCAUCCAUGAGUAACGAUGGAGCUCAGCCAUCCACUUCAGGUGUAAACACUAAGUCUAACGACGGCGAUGACCUUUUCGCUCGCCCUGAGUUACCAAAAGAGUUGUCAUAUCAAGAAUAUAUUGAGCAAGAUGAAAUAUAUCGUCUUCGCAAGGAGCAUUUGAAGAAGGAAGAGGCUGAACUUAUAGCCGAAAAGGACCGCCUUGAAAGAGAAAGAAAUUUACAUAUACGGGAACUAAAACGGGUGCAAUAUGAAGAAUCAAGCAGAUUCAAAGAUCACGAGUUGCUCAAUAAUCGCUAUCUUUUACUUUCUUUACUUGGGAAAGGCGGCUUCAGUGAGGUGUGGAGAGCAUUCGAUUUGGACGAGAACAAGUAUGUGGCUUGCAAGAUUCACCAUGUUAACCGGGAGUGGAAAGAGGAUAAAAAAGCUAAUUACGUGAAACAUGCAAUGCGGGAAAAGGAUAUUCAUAAGACUCUUGAUCAUCCCCGGAUCGUUCGAUUAUUUGACUUGUUUACAAUUGAUAACCAUUCCUUUUGCACCGUUCUUGAAUACUGUGAUGGAAAUGAUCUUGAUUUUUACUUGAAGCAAAACAAACAGAUUCCUGAGAAAGAAGCACGCUCAAUAAUCAUGCAGGUGGUCUCUGCCCUGCGUUAUCUGUCAGAAAAGAAGCCUCCAGUAAUUCAUUAUGAUUUGAAGCCGGCAAACAUUCUUCUCCAGUCUGGCACAACAAGUGGCGCCAUUAAGAUCACUGAUUUUGGUUUGAGUAAAAUUAUGGAAGAUGCUGAAGAGGGGUCUAUAGAAUUAACGUCACAGGGUGCUGGGACGUACUGGUAUUUACCGCCGGAGACCUUUGUUGUUGGUUGUAAUCCACCAAAGAUAAGUUCCAAAGUUGACGUUUGGAGUGUUGGCGUCAUUUUUUAUCAGUGUCUUUAUGGCCGAAGACCAUUUGGUCAUGAACAGACACAACAGAAGAUUUUGGAAGAAAACACAAUUCUAAAGGCGACUGAAGUAACGUUUCCAACAAAACCAGUUGUUAGUAGUGUUGCUCAAGAUUUUAUUCGUCGUUGUCUGCAGUAUCGUAAAGAAGAACGAGCUGACAUAUUUGAGCUUUCUAAACACGAACUUUUCCGCCCCCGUGGGACGAAAGCUUCACUGCCACCGUCUUCACCUUCAGCAAGAAGUGCUCGUUCUGAAGAUCCAGAUUUCUGA